GCAGAAUCAGAACAAAGGAACAUCACCGACACGACAUCUGAACUACCUCCACAAAUUCACCACCAUGGGCGUCGACCUCAGUACGGCUCGCUGGCUCGCGCCUGCCUCGUUCGUCUACGACUUCGCGGCCCAGCUAUAUGGCAUUUUGUCAUCACCAAGCAUGAAAGAUAUCCAUGACCGAAAUCUAUCAUUCUUCAGUCCCCAACCACUGUUCGUUGCUGCAUUCUUCUUUCCGCAGCAACUGUCUCAGCUUGCAUGGCUUUACAAGCUCUGGACGCUGAAGCCCGAGAAGCCGAGGGAGAAGAAACAGCUUGACGAGUUUUUGAGAUAUAUUCCGUAUUAUGUCUUGGGCAAUGUUUGCAUCGGGACUUGGAUGUUCUUCUGGAAUAGUGAAAACCUCAAAGCGGCAGAUGUCUUUGUCGUGAUCAACACCAUAGCACAACUCUUCUUCGUAGCAACUCAGCUGGGACCAAUGGACACAAGAAAUUCGGGAAGCGUCUUGACGCACAUCGUUUCCAAGACGUUCGCUGGUCUCGGCGUGCUCGAUAUACUUCACAACACGAGUGUGGCGUUCUAUAAGGAUGAGAUGCCAAGCACAAUUCUCAAGGUUACCACUGGUCUAGGAUUUGGAGCUGUGAGCGCAAUGUCGGAUUGGAUCUUUGGCGGCUGUCUUGUUUACGACUUGAUCGCCCUCUCGGUCGGGCAAUUGCAGUACGAUGCCAGCUGGAGCAAGUUGCUAGGUUUCUUUGCUGCUGGAAGUGCUGCGAUCGUGGGUGUGAGGAACUACGUGAAACCGCCAUAUGUAAAAGGCGACUAUUCGAGGAUAGAAGAGGACAAUGUGGAUGAUACGGCCUAGGUAAUUCAGCCCGGUAGGAUACAGCACUCAUAUGAAGAGUCAACGUCGAAUUUAAGCGUUCCGUCGAUGUAGGAUGCCAAUCGCCGAAUCUGAAAGUC